AUGGACGAUCUUGAGAAAUCUGAGCGAGAUUUAAAGGCGAAUGUCGUGGUCCAGUGUUUGACCAACUAUAGACUCAUUAGAAACCACUACAAUUGUCUAUCAAAGGUUAAAAACGAUUCUUCCAAAACUUCAAUCAAGGAAUUACUCCUAAAGGACGAAAAUCUGGACUUCAAUGACCUGCUGAACAGGAUUUCAAACUCAAUCACAUCACUGGACAUUAAAUCUGACCAUAAAUCUCCGGAAAUAUCACUAGACUCGACAAAUUCCCCAACCAACGAACUGUUACACCUAAUUAAACGCUCCAAACUCAAGAUUCUCAAGGACAAACUAUACACAUGUAAUGUGCGGAAUAGUGGCGGAUUUGACUUUUCUGAGUAUGCUGAUGGGUACUAUGAUUUAGUAUACGAGAUGCCUGAGAGUGCAACAACUGAACUGUUUAAACCUACUGACAGUUACGACCUGUCAGUAGAAAACUACUGGAAAAACCUGAAAAACAUGUCAAAAGACGACAUCACAGUGUUAAGAGAUGUAAAGGAUGAAGAUUUCGCCAAACCCACAGUGAAAACCCAGUCGGAAAACACGGUUAGAAAUUACAAUUUGCUGAAUCUUUUACCUGGAAAUAUCUCAAGUCUGGCGCAUGAAAACUACUUUGAACCUUACUACAACUUUAAUAACUUGAAGAAGAUCUCAGUUAAUAUCGGCACUGAACGACAACUCAGACAGGUUUACAUCAGGCCCAGAAAUAAAGACCCAGACGUAAAAUUCGGACUCCUAACCAGAGGACAUAACAACGAUUUGAUUCUGAAACGGAACAAUAAUUUGAACGAGUUUCUGGUCGUGUUUGAUGAUGGUAACAUGGAAGUCUACGAGUCAGAAACACUCCAACCACAAGCCUCCUCACACAAACACCUACAAAAGUCAUGCAUUAGAAAGUUUUUUGCGAGUGAAGUUGUCCGGCUAAAUCUGGUGAAUAAAGUGAUCCUUAAGCUAAAAAGACACCAAAAUGCAAGAGCAUUCACAGCCAAAGACAUGAAGAAACACGCCGACCAAAUUAACAAAAUGAUAUCUGGUAUAACGCUGGGUUGUUUGUGGGAUGACUGGAACUUUUACGGUGGCGGGAUAGUGACUGAGACUCAGAACGAGGAGUUGUCGGGGAACCCGAAGUUAUACUUGGACUCCUUGGAAAACAACGAGCUUGUUCUUUUAUGCAGGAGUUUUAUCGACUCACUGGACGUCAGUGGGCGGAACCUGGACACCUUCGAGGACAUUUUCGCAGUGAUUUCAGAAAUUGUAAACUCGUACCGCACACUGGUAAUGAAAAACUUUAACGAAGACUACUUAAAAAUCAUGAAACAGUCGUUCCUUGAACUUAAGACCAAGUCGGCACCUUCUGACAUUGCGCUGUUAACACCGGACCUUAGUGAGCUAAGUGUCUCCUCAACUUCAAGCAUGGAUAAGGAGUCAGAUGUUGAAUCUGAGCUGAAUUCACAGAGGGAACAGGUGCUUCCAACUUUUAACAGAUUUGCCAAAACGCCAGAGGAACUCACUGAUUUAAACAAGUUAGUGUCAUUUCUCCUGGCAGACGACACUGAGUCGUUCAUUCGGGAACCUUUUACAGACUUGUCAACCAUUACUAAGAUAAAAAACGUGUCUAAAACUGUCAUAAACUGCUCAAAAUCAAUUAAUAAAAGGAGCAAAAACCCAAACCUGAAGGACACCGACGUCGUACUCUCCGCACUUAAGAUACUUGAUCUUCUAAUCUUUCUACUCCAGAAAUCCUCAAAGUCAUUCAACAGCGCCAAAGAUCUUCACUCCUUCAUUACAAACGCCAAGUAUGGUGUAGAGUAUAGUUUUGUAUCGAGUAUGUUUACGUAUUUCUAUGAAAGAAGUAACGAGUCGUACUCGGUGAAGGUGUUGGGGUCGAGGCGGCUCAUGUGUUAUGUAAUUUGGCUUUGUGUAUAUUUAUCACCAAAAUAUACAUUUGACUUUUCAUUUCUACUCAAUUUUGACCUUAAAAACGUGUCAUAUUCCAUACUUUUCAGCUCAUGCAUUGACCUGACCUCAAUCACUCCCGCUGGCAGAACCAACAAAAACCUCUACAAGCUAACCACGCCGCUCUUUUCAGGCUCUAAGAAGAUGAAUCUAACCAGCCUCGUAACCACCAAAACCAAACGCUUCAAAACACGCUAACUACAUUAAUAUUCUUUGUACUAUGUAU